AUGGCUCCACAAGGUGGAACGCCAACGGAUGGACGAAAAGAGCAGCCAGCUUAUAUGAAAUAUGGUCAUGUGACGACAAACGGUGUUACUGUACCCCCCAUAGGACUUGGGUGCUGGAUGGUAAGUGCGUCAAACUAGUGCCGCCAACCAAAUUCAGGGGAAUGCAACGGAGGAUGAAGUCCGCAAAACGCUUUGGAAUGCCUUGGACGCCGGAUACCGCUACUUUGACACAGCAACCUUAUACGGGAAUGAGCAUAUUGUCGGAGAGGUUCUUAGUGAGGCAAUAAAAAGAGGACUGGUUACACGCGCUGAACUAUUUAUUUCUACAAAACUAUCGUUUAUCUCGCAUCGUCCAGAGAACACGGCAAAGGCUAUAGAGAGCUCGCUAAAGGUGUUAGGCGUCGACUAUCUGGAUAUGUACUUGAUGCACACGCCGCUGCCGUUUAAGGUGAGAUCGGCAAAUCCCGGUGAAGAUCAUUGGCCAUAGAAAUGCAGUGGGGGACCUGAUCCAGUGGCAAAAAAGUACCCUUUUGCAUCCAGGAAGUAUCAAAAAAUGCGCGUCAGAAUGAAAAUAGAAGAAAAACGAAAUUUCGUGAGGGGCCGCAGCGAAAAGCAACGGCCGAUUUUUGUCUUCUUUCUCUGACCGCUCUCUUCCUUUUUGUGCGUGCGCCCUCUUCCUCUCGCCAAUCGCAAAUCGUUAUUUCGCGGAUCGCCACGGCUUUGACGAAAUUCCCUUUUUAUUUUGACGUGAAAUGUGGCAAAAUACCUCCCUCUCCAAGUGAAAAAACUCCGGUUUCAAAAUCUCGCUCUUUUUGUGAGGAAAAAAGACGAGCCCUCCAAAAAGAAGUUUUUUCACUUGGAGAGGGAAGCAUUUCGCCACAUUUUUGAUACUUCCCGGAUGCAAAAUGGUAUGUUUUUUGCCACUGGAUCAGGUUCCCUACUGUGUAUGUAGUAAUUAAAGUAGUACAACACGACAGGGUCCACUGGACAACAGUACUUUUGAUUGUAUCCGAGAUGCAUUCCGAAUACCACAAAAUAUCUCCCUCCGACCGAACACAGCGUUCAUCCGAAGGGAUAGCGAGAAAGCUGCCCUUUUAAAAAGAAGAUAGAGGGAAUCAGUUUGGAAUCUAAUGCUUUCCUCUGUCUUCUUUCCAAGUGCUCAACUUUCUCGCUCUCUCUUCAAAAGAACACUAUUUUAGGUCAGAGAGGAAGGUAUUUGGGAGUAUUCGGAAUGCCUCUCGGAAGGAAUCAAAAGCCCUGUUGGCCACUGGAUCCUGCCAUCACCGUAAUGCUGACUUUACAGCCUAACGACGACUGCACAGAAGCGCUACGAGACCUCGACGGCUCAUUCAUUGUUGAAGACACCCCAUUGAGCGAAACAUGGCGGGUACUGGAAAAGUAUUACCACAAAGGGAUCAUACGAUCGCUUGGCGUCUCGAAUUUCAGUAUUCCACAAAUACAAGACAUCUUGGACAACUGCGAAGUUCCUCCGCACAAUCUACAGGUUAGUCAGCCAGCAUUUUGCUGCCUGCAGUGGCGGAUCUGAUCCAGUGGCAAAAAACGUACCAUUUUGCUUCCGGGAAGUGUCAAAAACGCAGCAAAAUACCUCCCUCUCCAACUAACAAGACUCCUAUUUCAAAAACGCGUCCGCUCUUUUUGUUAACGCGCUCUUCAAAACAGAGUUCUUUUAGUUGGAGAAGGAGGUAUUUUGCUGCACUUUUGAUGCUUCCCGGAAGCAAAAUGGUACGUUUUUUGCCACUGGAUCAGGUCCGCCACUAUUCACGUCCUUUUAUAGAUGGAAGUGCACAUCUAUCUUGCACAAGAAAAUCUUGUAAAUUUCUGCAAAUCCAAUGGAAUUACUGUCACCGGCUACAGCACAUUAGGGUCUCCCGGUCGCAAAGACAACCCGGUCGGCUCAUUUAUCGAUGGCUCAUGUCUGGAUGAGCCGUUAGUGAGACGGCUUGCGGAAAAAUACGGUAAAACAACGGGCCAGAUAUUACUUCGGCAUUCUGUGCAACGCGGUCUAAUUGUGAUACCGAAAAGUGCAAAUCCGACUCGGCUGAGGCAGAAUUUGGAUAUAUUUAAUUUUCACAUUAGUGCAGCGGACAUGGAAGAGCUGAGUGGUUUGGAUCAGGACAAGCAUUUCUUCCCGUUCGAUUUGUAAGUUCAUUUUGAAGCAUGUAAGCUUUUACUUGGCCAAAAUUGAGAUUUUUCUGGCUUAAUCGAGGCCAGGGGACGUCAAGAAAUUUCUGGCGUUGCAAAGGUUCUCGCGGCGAAAAAAAUCCAGAAAAUCCGUCCAUUUUUUUCAAUUUCAACAUCUUCAAAUUUCAAAUUGCAAAAAUUUUUAACCAAAUUUUUUAUAGAUACCCCAGGGGUACUCCUAGUCGUAAACAACGGUUUUUUAUACCACUGACAAAUUUUAAAUGUGUCAUCGUGACACAUUUUCUGAACACGGUUCGAGCUCCUCUCUGCUCACAAUCAUCAUGAUAAACUUUUAUUUAGACGCUGCAUUUUCAUUUCUCACAUGGCUUCAAUUUUAGCGCCUAUCAUCACCCAAAUUAUCCCUACCAAAAGCCAGUGGACCAGCAAUGA